GUUUGGAAUUCAGGGAACUGGAUUUCAUAGGAAGCGGUUGAGUUUUCGCGGCGAAUUUCGCACAGCGGGGAAAUUUCUGUGUUUUUUGUGAAAAAAUCUUGGCUUCACCACGAGAGAAAGAAUUAGCCAGAAUGGCACGGCACGAUCGAUCUUCUCUUAAAUGCGCUUGUCGAACAGGUUUAAAUCAGCAUCAAACAUUGGUCCAGCACCCUCCACGUUAUUCCUCUACCACAUUUCCAUCUAUAAAAGCCCUUCCAGCCUCUGGCACUCCCUUCUCAGCCACAGCUCCAGUUGCUUGGAAGUUACAAGGCGUUCAGAGGCGGCAACCAAACCUACACACAUACACAUGGGAUCCUUGGGCCCUGCCGUGAGCGUGAGCAUGGCCAAGGCCAGCGGCGGCACGGCGGCCGUCGGCGGCCAGCAGCCGGAGCGCGGCACGUUCAGCUGCGGCUUCCGGAUGCCGCUGCACUACCCGCGGUACAGGAAGGCGGACUACGAGGCGAUGCCGGAGUGGCGCGUCGACUGCCUGCUCCGAGAGUACGGCCUCCCCGUCGCCGGCGACGUCGAGGACAAGAGGAGGUUCGCCAUGGGCGCCUUCCUCUGGCCCAGCCAGUAUUGACUCUCCUUACAUCUCGCCACUCGGAGCAGAGGCCGGUCAGCGAGCCAGCGCCUGGCAGAGACUGAUCAGCAGUGGCAGCAGCAUCAACAUCACGUCCCCAUGUAUGAAGAAGACGAGAUCUCGUGACAAUAUUACAUAUUCUUAUCGUAUCAUCUAAUCGUAUCUCCAAUCCCCCAUAGAGAAUAUAUAUCAUGUUUCUUGGAGUAUAUGUAAGCAGUGGAAGAAGGGGUUGUUUCUGAUAUUCAUACGUGAAAUGUAGGGCUUCGUAUGUACUACGUGUGACCUUGAUCGUUUUGCUCUGAAGUUCUGCACUUCUGAUCGUUUUGCACAGGCUCCAGGGUCCUAAAAA